CUCGUUUCCGGAACACAUCAGUGGUGAGAGAGAGUGCACUAGACUAGAGGAUGUCGGACAGGAUGGAGUGCACAGGAGAGACUUCAUCCAAGACAUAAAACAGCCCUAACUUUAUCCAAGACACAAAACAGCCGUAUAUCUCACACGACCGGCGUUCAGUGAAGAAGAAAGGGCGUUUGAGUCACUUUUAAAGCGGCGCGCGGAGCCGAAUGUCGGUGUUCAGAUCUUAGAGACACGGGACACGGGCUACACGCUCACCGCGGGGGAUGUUAUCGGUACUCUCCUAUGGCAGGAUCGUGGCCAGGGCUGUCCUGGGCGGACUCUCGCAGACGGACGGCAGAGAUUACCGCCUGGUCACGGCCAGCUGCGGCUUCGGGAAGGACUUUCGGAAGGGGAUCCUGAAGAAGGGCAUGUGUUACGGAGACGACGCCUGCUUCAUCGCCCGGCACAAGUCCGCGGAUGUUUUGGGUGUUGCAGAUGGCGUGGGGGGCUGGAGGGAUUACGGCGUGGACCCGUCCCAGUUCUCUACCACCCUGAUGAGGACGUGUGAACGGCUCGUGAAGGAGGGCCGCUUCACUCCCAGCAGCCCCGUGGGCAUCCUGACCUCCGGCUACUAUGAACUCCUGCAGAACAAAGUACCGCUGCUGGGGAGUAGCACAGCUUGCAUAGUCGUUCUGGAUCGUCGGAGUCACAGGAUACACACCUGUAAUCUGGGAGACUCAGGCUUCUUGGUGGUCCGAGGUGGAGAGGUGGUCCAUCGGUCAGAUGAGCAGCAACACUACUUCAACACACCCUUCCAGCUGUCCAUAGCCCCGCCGGGGGUCGAGGGCGUGGUGUUGAGUGACAGUCCUGAAGCUGCAGAUAGCUCUACCUUUGAUGUCCAAUUAGGGGACAUCAUUUUGACCGCUACUGACGGCCUCUUCGACAACAUGCCUGACUACAUGAUCCUGCAAGAACUCAAGAAACUCAAGAAUACCAACUAUGAUAGUAUCCAGCAGACGGCCCGCAGCAUUGCUGAACAGGCCCAUGAGUUGGCCUACGACCCCAACUACAUGUCCCCUUUCGCCCAGUUUGCCUGUGACAAUGGGUUGAAUGUAAGAGGGGGGAAGCCUGAUGACAUCACAGUACUUCUGUCCAUCGUGGCAGAAUACGCAGACUGAGCAUGCUCAGUGGAGCUUGCUCUUCUCUUAAACCUGUGUCUUCCACCCCUCUUGUAUUGCACUGCUCCCCAUCUCACUUCUCCCUGCACCUUUUCCAUUCUUCCAUUUCUCGAGUAAAUCAAGUCAACGCAGAGAGGAGGAUAAUAUGAACUCGCUGGUGUGGGUGCUGAUGCAAGCAGUGCAAACAGUUCACUAUUGAUGACCUCAUUAGUGUCGAAAAGGAUUUGGGGAAUCUACAACUCACGUUGUGAAUUUGAGUCAUUGCUAUUGCUAUUUCUCCAAGGGGCAAGGAGAGCCAUGCAUUACCCACAAAAAGUGUGUUCUAAUGGGAAAAGUGGUCAUAUUCACUCGUGUGGUUAGUGCAAAUGAAAAUCUGUUGUUAAAUGGUUGGUUGUCUAUGUCUCGAGAGAGAAGUUAAGCAUCUCUAUAGCCUCUAUGUGCUGGAGUGCUCCUGUGUUUAUUGUGUGUACAUGCAUAAUGUGUCCUGUUUGGUUAAGCUGUAAUGGAAAGGUAGGUAAAAGUUUGGAAUGAGGUUUGGCUAGAUUUUAACCUUUUUAAAGACAAAACGUCUUAAAAAAACUGAUUCGGUAAACAUUACAUGAUCCUAGGACUUUUAUAUGGUUCGUAAAGACUAAGUAUAUCCCUGGUAUCCUUAUUUUCAAUAUGGCAUCAAACCUGACUAAGGUGUGUAUCAGAGAAUGUCACAAUCUGCUGAUAGACCGCUACACUUGCUCACGGGGAUGGUGGAUGUUGACUGUGAAUGCGUGUUGGAUGUAUAUUUAUAUGACUUCACCUCUCGACCCUUGAGUUUGAAAGUCUACACGCACAAAUGGCUAGCAUCUAGCAAUGCUUUUCAUGAAUCGAAAGGUCAGGUAUAUAAAUUGUUUUAUUUUUAUAAAUAUUUAGCUUUUAGUGGAACUAAAGAACGCUGGUCUUUACGGAUCGACCAUAAGACCUUUUGGCGUUUUCUGUGCUCCCUAGCGAGGCUUGGGUUAUUUUUUUUAUUGAUUGAAAGGUAUAAUUUUUUUUUGUCACUCUAGAUUGGUUCUAGAGAACUUUCACAUUCAUGUGCUGCUUUAAUUUUGUAAAUUAUAAAUGUGUGAGUGACUACAUUGUUUAUAUGAAUGUUUUUUACCUGUACAAUAAAAAAUGGGUGAGCUGAUGGCGAUUUUAUUUUACUAAA